UUAUAUUCCCCCCCUCUCAAGUUUACUCUCUUUAUUCAUUUUUCCCCAUUUUGUGUUUUUUUUCACUUUGUCAAACCAUGGAUACAGAUUGCAAUACGGGGCUUCUUCUUGGCCUAGGCAGGGUUUCCGGACACAAUAUUAAUGCUUCUGUGCGCUCCGAACUACCCGCUCUUAAUAAGAAGAAGCUGCAGCAGGUUUUGAAGUUCGAUGAUGAUAUUCUGCCUUCUUUGACUCUUGGGUUGUCGUUUGUUGUCGACACCGCGACGGAGGACGGCUGUUCGGGUAGUCCGGUUUCGUCGUUUUCCAACUCGUCGGGGUUUAAGAGGGAACGUGCUGGGGAAGAGGUGGCGGAGACGGAGGAGUGUAUGAAAGUGGGUGAGGAAGAUGAAGAGGGAAGUCCGAGGAAGAAACUUAGAUUAACAAAACACCAAUCCGCCAUUUUGGAGGACAAUUUCAAAGAACACUCGAGUCUUAGUCCUAAGCAAAAGCAGGAUUUGGCUAGGCAAUUAAACCUAAGGCCAAGACAAGUGGAAGUAUGGUUUCAAAACAGAAGAGCAAGAACCAAGCUGAAGCAAACAGAAAUGGAUUGUGAAUUACUGAAGAAAUGCUGUGAAAAGCUAAAAGAAGAAAACACAAGGCUUCAAAAGGAACUUCAAGAACUUAAAUCACUCAAACUAACGCCUCCACCGUUCUGCAUGCAACUACAAGCCGCCACUCUCACCGUUUGCCCUUCAUGUGAGAGCUCCAUCUGCGGCGGCAGCAGCAGCGGCGGUGAUGCAUCUCCGGCCAAUAACUUCUCAAUUGGGUCGAAGCCUCAAUUUCUCAAAUUCCCAUUUAACCAUCCAUCGGCGGCUUGUAAUUAGGCGGCAGCCUAAUUUUAAUUAUAAUAUCAUUAAUUAAAAUUGACCUGAAGACUGCUAUUUUUCCUUGGGGCUUCUUGGUCAUAUAUAUAUAUAUAUAUAUAACACUGAUAUUUAUGUAUUUAAUAUGUUAUUAUAUGUACAAAUAUAUUGUUGUGUUUUGAACACAUUGGAAAAGAUUAGGCUUUGUAGAAAUCAAUCUAUGAGUUAUGACGACAUACUUUGUAUUUAAGGCUUUCAUGUUGGUGAAAUUAAUAGUGAUUUUUAUUAUUGGUCGUGAA